AUUUAGUUGGUACGUUACUAUGUCUUCUUCAAGUGCCCUUGAGACUGACUACAUAACUUUAACUCGAUUCAUUCUUCAAGAGCAACGAAAAUGUCCAAAUGCAACCGGUGAACUGACACAACUUAUGAAUGGUCUUCAGACUGCCAUAAAAGCUGUAUCAAAUGCUGUCCGUAAGGCAGGAAUGAUAAAUCUUUAUGGUCUAACUGGUUCAAGUAAUGUACAAGGUGAAGAGGUUAAAAAGUUGGAUGUUUUAUCAAAUGAAUUAUUUAUAAAUAUGCUUAAGUCAUCUUAUUCAACUUGUUUACUGGUUUCUGAAGAAAAUGAUCAAGUGAUAGUCGUAGAACCAGAAAGACAGGGAAAGUAUAUUGUCUGUUUUGAUCCGUUGGAUGGUUCCUCGAAUAUUGAUUGUUUAGGCUCAAUUGGUUCAAUAUUCCUCAUUCUGCGUUCACCAUCACAAGGUGAAAAGGGUGGAAUAUCACCUAAUAUAGCCUUACAACCAGGUCGUCAAACAGUUGCUGCUGGUUACGCUCUAUACGGAAGUGCUACAAUGUUAGUACUGAGUGUUGGAACUGGUGUUAACGGCUUUACACUGGAUCCAGCAAUUGGAGAAUUCAUCCUAACACAUCCUAAUAUUCGUAUAAAACCACGUGGAAAUAUCUAUUCAAUUAAUGAAGGUUAUGCUAGCCUAUGGGAUAAAGCGAUUACAGAAUAUGUGAAAAGGAAAAAAUUUCCAGAAUCUGGUAAACCGUAUGGUGCUCGUUAUAUUGGAUCUAUGGUGGCUGAUGUUCAUCGUACUUUGGUGUAUGGUGGAAUUUUCCUCUAUCCAGCGACUAAAGCAUCACCCCAAGGAAAAUUAAGACUCCUCUAUGAAUGUAAUCCAAUGGCAUAUAUUAUGGAACAAGCUGGUGGCAUGGCAACCAAUGGAAAAAUACCUAUCUUAGAUAUUCAACCACAAAGUAUUCAUGAUCGAUGCCCAAUAUUUCUUGGUAGUAAAGAAGAUGUCAGGGAAUUAAUGGAUCUUAUUGAAAAAUGUUGAAAAAAACACAACAAACAACAGCAACAAUAAUCAUAUUGUCUGUCAAUGCUUUUUUACGCCUGCCUCCCUACUGCUGUUUUCCCUUUCUGCUGUUGCUUUUUGCUUUCUAUUACUAUUAAAGUAUUGAAUGGGGUGUGUUGUGUAGACGUUAGGAUGAAAAUUAUGCUUUCUUGCUCUCUUUCUUUUAUUUUUUUGUUUUUCUAACUGAAAUCAUCAGCAUCACCAUGUGAUUAUCAUUCAGGGGGUAUGUGUGUGAGUGUGUGCGUACUUUCUGCUCAGGGCAGUGUUGUUUUUUCCUUUUUUGGCUCUCAUCAAUUUGUAAUUUAGUUGUUUUAUUUUCUGAUGUCUUUCGUGUUUUUUUUUACUACUCUUAUGCUUCAGUUAUUUUGCUUGCUUGCUUGCGUUUUUCAAUGCGUU